GUUACAAAUAGGAAAGUGAGUAUGUUUAUUACUUCAGGACAGUUUAAUGGAUCAACUAUAUGUUAUAAAAUUCGGCAUAUUACUUUUAUAAUUGGCAUACAUACAAUACAAUUAUGAGUGUUGAGGAAAUUGAGGCAUAAGGAAAAUUACUAAAAUAAACCAGGUAAAUAACAAUAAUACAAAAUUGAAUACUUAUAGUAGUAAUUUUGCCAUGAUGGAAGACAAUACAUUGAAAUUGUUAUUUUUUAUAUUAAUUUAUGUCGCUGUAACAAUGUGCGACAUAUUAACACCGCCAAAAUCAAUGACUGCGACAGCAGACUUAGGGGCCAACGUAUGUGCUAUAAAAUUGAGUAAAUGUCCUUCGGCAACGGUGACUCUUUCGGCAGAAAAAGGCAAUAAGGGCGAUAUUGGAGUACCUGGUGACCGAGGACCAAUAGGUAAGCCAGGUCCCCCAGGACGCGAUGGACUACGUGGUGAAAAAGGUGAGAGAGGUAUCUCAGGAAGAGAUGGAUUACCAGGUCCUAUAGGUGAGCCAGGUCUCCCAGGACGCGAUGGACUACGUGGUGAAAAAGGAGACUCGGGUGAUAUUGGACCUAAGGGAGAUAAAGCGGAUAAGGGUAGUCUAGGUUACCCAGGACGCGAUGGACUACCAGGUAAAAAAGGCGACAAAGGUUCUCAGGGUGAACAAGGACCUAUAGGACCGCUUGGAUUACGGGGAAUUAAAGGCGAUAAAGGUGAAUCAGGCAGAAAUGGAAAAGACGGUGAAAAGGGACUUACUGGCCUUCCUGGAGUACCAGGAGUCUGUGUAAAAACUUGCUCCAUACCAGAUGAUCUGGAGGAUGAUGAAGCUGAAGGAAAAACGGAAACUGUAUAUACGCAGACAUGCAAGAGCCUAAUUAGUCUCCCUAAAGAUACUAUUCUAUCGGUGAUGCCCGAGGAUCCAUUUCAUGUUGUUUGCAAAGAGGAUAGAAAAACAUGUCUAAUGUUAGAUAAAACAGACAGUAAAAUGAUACCCGUUCUUGCUGUAAAUUAUAAAGAGAACAACAAAUCAUUUUGGCUAAGCGAAUAUUUACCAUAUUCGCCAAUAACUCAUUAUUACAAUAUAACAAUGCAACAACUGCUAUGGCUUCAUAGUCGAUCGACAUAUGUGACACAAACUAUAAGAUAUCAUUGUAAAAAUUCGGCUGUGGCGCCGAAUAAUAAGACAGAGAAUUCCUUGAGUUUAUUAACAUGGAAUGAUAAAUUAAUCGGACCUUCUCCAACAGAGAACUCUCCUUUUCAUUAUAAACUUCAUGAUGAUAGUUGUACGGAAUCUGUUGGAUCAAUGGAAUGGAAAUACACUGACAUAAAACUAGUCGAUACCGUUAAUCGUUUGCCCAUAAUAGACUUCCUCAUCAAGGACGUACGGAAGGAAGAUCAAAGUUUCUUUAUUGAGAUGAGAGAGUUAUGCUUCAUUUAAUUUUUAUUAGUUUUUAUUAAUAAUUAUUAUAUUCUCAUAGUAUAAGACACUAACAGCGCACUGCCCAAUUUGCAAUUUAGAUUUUACUUCCCAAAAAUUAAGUUUAUUAACAUAAUGUUGUUGCAAAGUUAUUAUAUUCUAAUAGAUUGUGGUGGAAAAUAAAAUUAUUAUGAUCAUCCAA